CAGUAAUAAUGACACAAAUUAUGUAAACAACAUAACUAUUGCAUUAGACUUUAAUUUAAUACUAAAAACACAUUUCAUUGAAUUCAUUACUUUUCUAUGAUUUAACUAUUAAUACAAAAAACAGUGAUUCAAACAAACGACUGAUCAGUCAGUUAUGUCAUCGCAACAGAAAAGUCUAAAUGUUGGCCACAGGAAACGGGGUUCGGGUUCGGCGGCAAACAGACAACAACAGGGCUCGGGUUCGGCGGCAAACAGACAACAGCAGAGCUCGGGUUCGGCGCCAAACAGACAACAGCAGAGCUCGGGUUCGGCGCCAAACAGACAACAGCAGAGCUCGGGUUCGGCGCCAAACAGACAACAGCAGAGCUCGGGUUCGGCGCCAAACAGACAACAGCAGAGCUCGGGUUCGGCGCCAAACAGACAACAGCAGAGCUCGGGUUCGGCGCCAAACAGACAACAGCAGAGCUCGGGUUCGGCGCCAAACAGACAACAGCAGAGCUCGGGUUCGGCGCCAAACAGACAACAGCAGAGCUCGGGUUCGGCGCCAAACAGACAACAGCAGAGCUCGGGUUCGGCGCCAAAYAGACAACAGCAGAACUCGGGUUCGGCGGUAAACAAACAACAGAAGGACUCGGGUAGGCUAACAGUGUUUGUCAGAUAUGACCAGUCAUUGACGUCAAAAAAUAAUAAGAGAAACGAGGAUAAGUCGGUCAGGAUAUAUGCGCCCAAAUGGGUGGAAAAAGCAUUGGACAACUUGUCCGCUGAGAUAACAAAGUCKACACCGAUUGAUGUGUACGACCAAUACAAUAAUCAUCGGAUAUUGCGUUUGCCGGACGACAAGUUGUCAUUGAAAUACUUAGUUAUGUUAGCCCGCAAUGAACCAAACAAUACCAACGGUUUUAUAAACUUUAAGAACUAUACGUUUCGUAAAGAAGUAAUACUAGCCGUUAAGGAUUUGUGCCGUCAGUGCGUAAUUCUGGCCAAAAAUGAGACGACACAUUACGGCGGUUAUCCGCGCGACACAAUACGAGAGCCCCAGAAGCGGGACGUAUAUGUGGCCGACUUAAUUGGUCUACAGUUUCAACAGUAUUGUAAUACUGGGCGACUGGUAAUAGUCUCGGAAAAGCCUGUUAAAGGCCUAUUGGAUGACAUGAUUUACGAACGAGUGGUCGGAGAACCAAAAAAGUCAUAUAAAGAGGUCACUAAUGAUCGCACGGGUCGUUAUAUAUUGUAUUACAACGACUACUUCGAUACAUUUGCUUACAAACGAUUUGUUGCCAAAGAURUACUGCUGACUGGUUUGGCGAUUGCCGACUAUGUGGACAAAURUCCGAAAGCUGAUGGCACUCACGAUACGGUUAACUUUAAGUUUACCAAAUACGGUGCCGGAUAUUUUGCCGACAUUUUUAAGGACAUCAUACAGAAUCUAAUCAUUGACGGCGUCUUCGAUGGCCUUAAAUUAUUGUUAGAACAAAAGCCCAAACAUAUUGGUGCCAUUGAACUACCGUUUUUUGAUACUAACAAACGGGUCAUUGAUUUAUGUAAUUCUCAUAAAAUUAAGUUGAGAUUUAGUCGAGACGACGCUCUUAAGCAAACUUAUGACGAGUACGUGACGGCAACGACCAACUGUGCCGACGCUCACGCAGUGACCGGAAAUAAGAUGGGAUUCGGAAGUGUCGACGCGUGUAUUGCCGAGAAUCUGGUCGGCAAAGCAAACAAAUACUCGCCAAUAAUUAAUCCAUURAUUAGUCAACAGUUUAUUGAGUUGUAAUCAAUUGUUGAAAACUGUUUUGACAAAUAUGCGUAAAA